UAAAACAUAUUUGUUAGACUUAAGAUGGCAAGACUCAAUGAUGUGGACCAAAUGCUUAUCGCUUCCUCAUUGUUCCAUUGACGUGAAACAGAGGGCAAGUGACAUAAAGAAUGUUCCAGACUUGUCUGUAGAAGUUCAGUUUGAUACGUUUAUAACGUCCAGGGGUGAAGUCUUUUGACUAUAAUAGCCAUGACUACAUGCAAGUACAGUAUGAGAUGUGCCAAGAAAUACGUAUUGUUGGUGGCGGGAAUCUCCCUUUUCUUAGCUGGAAUAUUCAUAAUCAAACGGAAGUCAGCAAAACAUUGUGUGAACAUUCUUGGGGAUAAAUACUCUUCGCAUGUACAGGAGACUACUGUUGUGUUUCCACUCAAGGAGAAACUGGAGGAAUAUAAUUAUGAGACCUUAUUUUGUCUAUAUGAGAUGUAUACAAGAACUCUACAACAUCAUUGCAAAAGGCUCCGCCGGUUUGGCGAGAUUCAGAGAAAAGGUUGGUAUGUGUGCCUAGACUUUUUGGACCCAGCGCCUUACAACUGCAGUGUUGUUUCAGCGAAUUCGGUAUUUGAUGAGUCAGUGUUCGUCAGGCAUGUUGAAGCCUAUUGCAAAUGUGAGCAUCAUAAAUACAAGGUGAAUGAAUUGGAAACCGAGUUCAAGAAAACGAGAACGUUAGACUUGGUUACGUUUUCCAUCACAAAUAGAGAUGAUUUGGUUUUGUUGAGGAACAUUUUGAAAUCUGACGGUGGCAGUGUGCGUCAGUUCUUAAUUGAAAUACAUUCUUUAAUGUAUUUUAGUGAAGGUGUUAAAGACCUAAUUUCCGUUUUGCAGCUAUUGUAUCAGCAAGAUUUUAGAUUAGUGUGGUUUGAUAUACCCUACAGCUGUGUUCCAUUACACAAUAACCGAGCAUAUCAAUGUAUAAGUCUUAAUUUUGUUAGUGUCUCUAGCGGCGGAAAAAGACCUAAGAGUAAAGUCAACAGCAAUCUUUUAUUAUUGCCAACAUCACAGAAUGUGUGGGAAAAGUUGUCUCGUGUUGAUUUAGCAAUUUCGUUAUAUCAUGAAUACCUUUCCACGGUUCAAUUUCAUUGCAAGCAUAUUGUAAGAAUGGGUAAAGUCAAUGAUGGUGGAUGGGACAUUUGCCAUGAUUGUAUGCCGAAAUCAGAGACCAAAUCACCCUGCAUCGUGUACUCUUUUGGAAUUGAAAACGAUUUUUCUUUCGAUGACGAUAUAUCAAACACGUAUGGAUGUCAGGUGUAUUCAUUCGACCCAAGUAUGGGUGUGGAGGACCAUCAACGUUCAGAUAAAGUAAGAUUUUUUAACAAGGGAUUGUGGAAUAGUAAACGUUUAUUGCAACGAGCAAGAAUGUACUGGAAUGUAGACACUUUUGAAGGGAUCCUAAAAGAUCUGAAGCAUGUAAAGACACCAAUAAAAAUCCUGAAAAUGGACAUCGAACGUUCAGAAUGGAUUGUUUUGAAACAAAUUAUUGAUAACGGUCUUCUUCUAAACGUAGAGCAAUUUUUAGUGGAAUUUCACUCUAUGGGUGAUAGGGAAAAACUUUUUAUUCUUAAAAGUUUGUAUGAUAUUGGUUUUCGGAUAUUUUGGUUUCAUAAAAACCCGCUAGGAUCAAACUACAAGACCAGGAACAUCCCAGUAAGCAGUGCAAACGAAGUAUCUUUUAUCAAUGUUGUUUACUUGAGAAAGAAUGGCAUGUUAUGAAUUGUAGAGCGCUUCAAUAAAGUAUUUAAAAUGUA